AUGCCUAGGAAUCGUGGAGGAAGACCGACCCUAAGUCAGGGUCUAGACCGUGAGGUCUACCAGGUCGUGCGCAAAAUUAUUGACGACCAACCCGACGCCAGUCGCAUUCGUCUUUCACCUUCUGCGAUUUACGAGCAGAUCAAAAAAUCGAACUCAAGUCUGAACCGCAAGCCGAAGAAGUUACUAGAGGACAGUGUGGAGCGAGUACUGGAAGUUAUUAAGGCCGAUAUGGGAGACGAAGAUGAGGAGUCUGUGGAGGGAGACUUUGAGGGACUUGAGGAGCCACCUGCUACUGAGCCCAAUGGCGUGAACCAGAGCAUUGUCGGCAUGUGGAAUACCCCGAAACCGGCGUCCUCUAAGAAAUCUGAGUCAGGUUCCUCGAAGAGAAGAAGAGACGGCGGAGAAUCAGCAUCCAAACGACGCAAAGCAGACUCCGCAGUCGAUCGGUCCCCGCCAACACAUGUUAGUCUGGCGGAUUUGGGUGGUCUGGACGAUGUGGUACAGGAACUGGGUGACCUGGUUAUUCUGCCCAUGACUCGCCCACAGGUUUACCUCUCUUCAAACGUACAACCGCCGCGUGGAGUCUUGCUGCAUGGUCCUCCUGGUUGCGGUAAGACUAUGAUCGCCAACGCAUUCGCAGCAGAGCUGGGUGUGCCUUUCAUCUCGAUCUCAGCUCCCUCAAUCGUAUCCGGCAUGUCGGGUGAAUCCGAGAAGGCUUUACGAGAACACUUCGAUGAGGCCAAGCGACUUGCACCUUGCCUGAUCUUCAUUGAUGAAAUCGAUGCUAUUACACCGAAGCGAGAGAGUGCCCAAAGAGAAAUGGAGAAGAGAAUUGUCGCCCAGCUUCUGACCUGCAUGGACGAGAUUGCUCUUGAGAAGACCGACGGAAAGCCCGUCAUUGUUCUGGCAGCUACCAACCGUCCAGACAGCUUAGAUGCCGCAUUGCGUCGUGGAGGCCGUUUCGAUAAGGAAAUUAAUAUGACCGUUCCCUCUGAGCCAGUCCGAGAGCUGAUUCUCCGAGCCUUGACCCGGAAGAUGGAAUUAGCUGAUGACCUUGACUUUAAGACACUGGCCAAGCGAACACCUGGUUUCGUCGGUGCUGACCUUAACGACCUUGUCUCCACCGCAGGAUCAGCUGCCAUUAAACGAUACCUAGACAUCCUCAAGUCCAACAGCGGCGAGGAGAUGGAAAUUGAAGGGGAGGACGAGAUCAGCCCCAGGGUUAAAGAACUUCGUCGUUUAAUCACACACGCAAAAGAGAACCCCAUCGGCGACGAAGCAGAGACCGUGCACGUCUCAAACGCAGACUUCUUCACUGCACUUCCUAAGAUCCAACCCUCUUCCAAGCGUGAAGGCUUCGCUACCAUUCCCGACACAACAUGGGCAGAUAUCGGUGCUCUGGGUGGUGUGCGCGAUGAACUCUGUACUGCGAUUGUGGAGCCAAUCCGGAACCCCGACAUUUACGAAAAGGUCGGUAUCACCGCGCCAACCGGUGUUCUCCUUUGGGGACCUCCAGGUUGCGGUAAGACACUGCUUGCCAAGGCCGUGGCCAACGAGUCUCGCGCCAAUUUCAUCAGCGUCAAGGGUCCAGAGCUACUGAACAAGUUCGUCGGUGAAUCUGAGCGUGCCGUCCGUCAAGUUUUCGUUCGCGCUCGCUCCUCUAUUCCCUGUGUUAUCUUCUUCGAUGAAUUAGACGCUCUUGUACCCCGUCGUGACGAUGCGCUCUCCGAAGCCUCAGCACGUGUCGUUAACACCCUUCUCACCGAACUUGACGGUUUAGGCACUCGCCAGGGAAUCUAUGUCAUUGCCGCUACUAACCGGCCCGACAUUAUUGACCCAGCCAUGCUUCGUCCAGGUCGUCUGGAGACCCUCCUCUUCGUUAACCUUCCCUCACCACUGGAGCGUGCCGAGAUUCUGCAGACUUUGGUCCGGAACUUACCCGUUGAGUUCAAUGAGGAACUGCGCAGACUUGCAGAGGAAUGCGAGGGAUUCAGUGGUGCGGAUCUGGGCAGCUUGUUACGCCGUGCUGGUUACUUGGCUAUUAAGCGUCGUGAUACUAUUAAGAUUGAGGACUUUGUAGCUGCGAGGUCAUUCGUUCGACCUAGUGUUACUGAUCUGAAGAAGUAUGAGAAAUUGCGCAGGAAUUGGGAUGGUGGUGCGGUUUGA